GUGCCUUAUUCAAGAUUUGUAAAGUAUACCGCAUAAUUGUAUUUUAAUUUUUUAGAAAAUUUCCAGAAUCCUAAAUUUUUCCAUUUCUCCAAUUGUGUACACUUUACAAAUCUUGAAUCUAGAAGGUUUCCAAAAUCUAUCAUGCUCAACUCUCUAAGCUUUCCCUAUAUAUAAACCUGCGUCUCAUAGUUAUUACUUCAAAAACUACUCAAAGUUCCAUAAGAAUUGAGAAGUUAGCUGACUUUAGCACCUAAACAAUGAAGAAGGAAGAACCGACGACGAAGAAGACAGAAGCCAAAGAAGCAGGGGCAACAAUUACCGUAAAGUAUGAAGACAUCCAACAGAAGAGAAAACGAAGAGUAGCAAUCUACGUUACUGUCGCUGUGUUUGUACUAGUCGUUCUUGUAUCGCUCAUCUUCAUCUUGACCAAAGUGCGUGUCCCACGGUUCAUGCUUGACGAUGUCUCCCUUGAUCCCAUCUCAAGAUCAAAAGUACUGGUGAAACUCUCAUCGACCAACCCAAGCUCCUCGAGGCUUUACUACAGCGAGAUGAGCCUACACGUGCGGAUAGAAGAAAUUUUCGAGACAGAGAGGGUUUACUUGCAGAGCACGCUACAAGAGCCACAUGAACGUACGACUUGGACAGGUGUCGUAGCAAGAAAUAAUGCAAACGACAAGCCUGGCGGUACUUUUCAGAUGAGUGAAGGUGAGGAAAACGGCGAUGUUAUUGUAGAGGUAAAGAUCCAAAAGAAGAGUUCGAUGUUUCACCCGAAGAGGACAUUGCGCGUUACGUGUCCGGUUUUGCUCAACUUGAAAGACUUGACCGCAGGAGUUUCCAGACCUAUGCGUACUUGUCAAGUCAGUUAGCUCCUUGUCUUCAUAUGUCGAAGGUUCUUUUACCGUUUUAGUUUUUACUACUACAAAAGUUUAUAAAGAUGAAUUUUGUAGCAUAAUAAUUCGAGGAAACAGUUAUUAGAAGCUAUAUUUUUUUAUAAUGUAUUUGUGUUUGGAAUCCUACAUUGACAUUGGAAGUACACUAGACCUGAGCUUUCAGUUCAAAAGAGUCUUUUAUAUAUUAAGGUUGGUCCUUCCAAUUCACAACUUGACAGUUUCUCUCCUUACUUGAGUUACAUUAUGUGUAUUAGCAGUGCCGUCCCGAAAUAUCCGGUGGCCUAAAGCAAUAUAAAAAAAUGUGGCCUUUAAUUUUUUUCAGAAAUUUUGAAUCUGGUUUAUCAUUACUAAUUCUCUAAUAUGAACAUACUUUUUUACAUAAGAAUAUUUUUUGUUAUAUAGGAAAAUUUAUUGUUUUAAAACUAAUUUUAUGUUCUUUAAAAAAAAAAUCAAUUGUUUAGUAAUGAAGUUGUUGCUGUAAUUUUUAACCUGAACCUUCGUUAAGUUAUUUUUCAAAUAUAUAAAGAACCAAAGAAAUCAUACAAAUAUAUAUAACAAAAAUGUAUAUUACUAAAUGUGUUCGAAAUAUAAAAGAUCACUGAAUUUAACUAUAGUAAAUUACAUAACAAUAACUGAUAGUUAAAAUGAAAUAUAAAUGGUUAUAAGUUAUAAAUUCAGACAAAUAGAUUAAAAUUAGUUUAGAAACAGAGACUAAGAAAGUAUGAAAAACUAAAAUGACUAAAUAUUAAAUCUCGAGGUUUUAAACAAUCAUCUAUGACCAUUACACAAUUUAAAAUUUGUGGCUUUAAAAAUAUUAAUUAUAAAUGUGGCCUAAAGCUAAUGCUUUAUGUGCCUUAUGGCUAGGACGGGCCUGUGUAUUAGGUAAACACAAUCUCGUUACCAUCUUGUUUCUCUCAUCUCUUUGUUCUGUGAAUUACUGCAAUUUCUUAUUCUCACAAUUAUGUCUCCUCAUCACGACGUGGUAGAAGAUAAACGUACGAUGAAAGAAACCGAACUUAGUCUUUAUAAAAGCCGGCCCUGCUCACAUGUUGCGUGGCUCUGCUUCUUGGCGGCUCCAUACUUUUGCGUAAAACUUAAUCCAAUAUCUCAAGGUUCAGGUAGCACUUCUUGGAGAGCUUCUCUGCCUUUCUAACUUCAACAUUGUUUCUAAAUGUUUAAGUAAGAAUCACGUAAGUCCUUUUAUAAUCUAACAGAAGAGUAAAACAAAUGAAAUGGGCUAAGAACGAGUUAUUAAAUAAGAAAAUGACUUCUAGACCUUCCCCAUCACAUACAUGAUACAACAAGCUUAUAAGAGGAAAACAUCUAUUUGGAACUCUGAGGGUUGUAACAGAGCUCUCUCUUAUGUUCUUCAUCACU